AUGGGCGAUUGGAAGGAGGAAAUCCACUCAAGCGAGCAGGUAAGGUGGGGUCUAAUGUUUAAUUCCGUCUUUUAGCCGGAUUUGACCGCGAACGGGGACCUGGACGACUUUGAACAACAAGAACGGGAGAUUCAAGUACAAUCGGAGCAGGAACAAGCUCCAGAUGAAAAUAGGGUACGAGACAGAGAGAUUGCUACUAUUCCCGAAGGGAAUGAGGACGAGUUUACCGUAGAUUCCGUGCAGAAUCGACAACUUUCGGUAGGUAUAUAAAAUAUUAUAUUGUUUUAGAUUGGUUAGCUAUAAGGUAGUAAUUUGAGGUAGAGUUGUUAGUGUUUAGAAGAUAAAUUGAAGAUUUUAAAGUAAAUAUAGGCCAGAUAAAAGCAGAUGUAAAGUUAUAUAAUAGCUCUCUCAAGACAAUUGUAGGUAUAUAUACUUUAUCAUAAUACUUGUUAUAGUUGAGUAAAGUACAAACAAUAUUUAUAGAAAAUUACUCUGUAGUAUUACCUAAAUCGGGCCAUAACGUAACUUUAUAAAUGUAAAAAGUUACUUUUUAACACAGAGCAAGCAGCGUUAUCUUCAAAUGUCGAAAGUAAUGUUACUACAUAAAAAGUAACUUUACUGCCAACAACAAAACGUAAUGUUAUCACAAAUGUAAAAAGUUACUUUAGGGCCUGAAGCAGAACUCUCUGGAGAUUAACAAUUACUCUGACGAGUCCGACUACCCUGACGGUAAGUGUUACCACGCUACUCCCGCUUAAUAUACCAAGAUUUUUAUCCAGGUUACCCUCAAAAGUCGGAAGAUCCUCCCCCAGCAUACAGUGAUACGAAGGAGGAACAUACCAUGGAGACAGUGCCAGAUACGAUGGGGGGAUUAGUCAAAUUUGGUAAGGGAGGUUGUUGCAUUGGUUUUUCAAAUUUUUAUCCUUAAUUGGUAAGCGGUCAAAAAAUAAGUAGAAAUUUAGAUUUUUAGUUCUAAAACUGGCUAUUAUUGGACGUAUUCUACAUUUUUUAAAUAAAAUUUAAUACAAAAAACUAAAAAAAAAUUAUUUUAGCAGGCAUGGCAGCAGCAGUAGCCACCACAGCCGGCCUAGACUCCUCUCGUUCCGACGAUUCAAACAGCUUCGACCAUUACCGCGACGACAUCCGCGACCAACCCCACCAACAUACCCUAGACAUAGCCCCAUCCUAUCGUCUCUCAACCGGCGUCAAAGAGCUGUUUCAUCUGGUGGAAGACUUCGAGGCGGACCGUGUUGACAUCCAGUCCCAGCUAAGACCCUUUCUGCUUGAUUACUUGCCGGCGGUGGGGGACGUGGACCCGUUCCUCAAGAUCCCCCGACCCGACGGAUUAGAAGAUCAUCUCGGAUUAAUCGAGCUGGACGAGCCCGCCCCUCAACAGUCAGACUCGACUAUCGUGGACAUGAAGCUACGACAGGCCAGCAAUAUCAUAUCAUCCGAGAGUAAUGCGCCGGCUAAGAAGUUGGAGCGGGCCGAUAAGAAUCGGGACCAGAUCGAUUCGUGGAUCAGGGAUAUUAAGGUUGGUUUUGGAAUUGAGAUACGAACUUUUAUCUUUAAUUAAAGAUAUAAAAUACGAAUUUUUAAGGAAAAAUGUAAAUUAUUUGGAUGAACCAAAAGUAGCGGGACACUUUCUAUGUAUUUUUCAACUAAAAAGUGUCUCACUACUUUUGGUUCAACUAAUAGUGUAAUAAAAAGUAAGUAAAUUGAGUUUUCAGGAGCUGAGAAGAAGCAAGAUACCUGACCGAGUAAAUUAUGAAAAACAGAUGCCAGAUCUAGAGAGGUUGAUGCAAGAAUGGCCUCCAGAAGUAGAUUCGCUUUUACGAGAAAUCAAGGUACGUUUUAACAGAAAAAGGUGAUUACUCAGUCAUUUUUUAAGGAUAAAAACAUAACGUGUCGUAUUUUAAAAACCACUAUAAAUUACAAAACUCCUAAUUUUACCUAAAUGAAACUGCCUGUUUUGCCUAAUACCUCAAUAUUAAGUUUAAAUCCAAAUUUCAGUUACCAUCCUCUACUUUGGACUGUACUGUAGACGAAUAUGCCGACAUAUGCUUAAGCCUCUUGGACAUACCGAUACACAAAAACAAGCUCCAUUCGUUACAUGUUUUCUUCUCAUUAUAUUUGGAAUUCAAAAACUCUCAACACUUCCGACAGAUGGCUGCCAACAACGUGAACGAUGAAGCCAUGGACAGACUGGAGUUGUAG